UUUGCGGAGGAAAAGUAAAGCGUGAGUCCGGACCGCACAGCCGUCAGAGCGGACAGCAGAGGGAUGUUACCAAGAGUUGUGCGAGCCGCCUCAUCAGCAAAUUAAGACCAUAAAUCUUUCUCUGGCGAAGGGAAAAGCUCUGUUUGGCUGUACACAGAGGGCAGCAGGACAGAAAAAAGAGAAGAAAAAAACAGAGAAAGACAAAGGACAAAAGAAGUGCCUUAGAAGUGAAAGAGGAGGAGUGCCACACAAUCUGCCGCACUUUGUGAACAGUAAAGAAGAGAUGAGACCAUUAAAGAAAAACAGAGGGCGUUCUCCCCCGUUAACUAGAGGCAGAGGGGGGAGAAGGAGAGGGGGCUCUCAGCCCCCUCAAGAGAAAGAUGCCAAAAGAAUCAAGAAGGAGACACUCGUCAAAACCACACAGCACACACCCAACACUCCCUCCACACGCAAGCAGACCCCGCCUGCAGUGGCCAACUCUAACGAAGAACCCAUGACAAACAGCAAUACCCCCAAGAUGGAAGAGUCUACCGAGCUAAGGAAACCUGUUGAAUCAGCUGAAAAGGAUGUAAAAAAGGCAGAAGAAAAGAUAGGAAAGGAAAAAACAUUGGGCAUGAACGGAAAUGGAGCUGUGUCCACUGACAGUGUAGCAUCUCCUACCUCUGCCCCUGCAACGCACUCCACAGCCACACCCCCUCUGACCACCAAUCACAACCCCAAUUUAGUCUCAGUCUCUAGUAGGAAAACAGCCACAUUUAAGGCUCGCAUACCCAAGAAGAAAUACACAUAUGAGCACUUUGCUAAUAACGCAAGUGCUCUGACUACCAUUCCUACCUCCAGCCCUGCACUUACACAUAAUAGUUACUGCAAUAUUAACAGCAAGGUCUGUGAUAGUCUGAAUAUGACCAAUAAUAAUUUCAAGAAUACUAACAAUAUUAGUAAUAUCAUUAAUAAGAAUAUGAAUGUUAGUCUCAACAGUAGUACUAACAAUAACACUACAAGUAGUAUUAACAAUGUGGCCAAUAGUAGUAACAGUGGUGCUGGGAGUCAGAGCACUUUUAUCAAUAGCAUUAAUAAUAAUUGCUCAGGUAAUCAGCCAUCAGUGCAAACUGUGGAUAGUAAAGCUACAGAAGCAAAUCAUUUUGUUCUCAUGGAGGAUCGGACUCUCAGGACAGCAGAUUCCCAGGAAAAAGAGUCCCAAGCUGGGGAAAAUGAGUCAGAGGGGGCCCCUAAUUCAGUGCGCUCCUCAUCCACUGACACAGCAAGUGAGCACUCAGCUGAUCUGGAUGUGAUUGAAGCAACUGGCCCAAACCUUCGUCAGAAGAACUCCCACAUCCCAGCUCCCCUCCAUAACUCACACCCUAAAGAGGCCAGUCUUUCAGAGGGGCUAGCUGAAGCACUGGCCAAAGGCAUGAAAAACCAGAGAGUCCUGGCUCGCCAGAUAAAGAGGACCAGGGAGACCGGUGUACGGGCUGCAGGCGAGGGAGGGUUUAAGGAGAGAGACUCAUGCCCUCUUUCUCCUCUGUUCAGACCUGGGGUGGUGCGUAGGGUGAGUGGAGGUACUGUUGAAGUCCAGCUCCAAGGAUCGGAGACCCUUGUUAACUAUCCUUUUCAUGGUGGAACCGUAAUGACAUCAUCAUCGGGGGCUGAGAGCGUUGUGGAGUUAAUUUUGGAUGCCUCCCCACCUGGCAUGGCACCUGUGGCUGUAAGGACCCGAGUAUGUGUGCCCUUUGGUGGAGAGGAGGGGGGUCCUUUGCUGUACAGAGAGGGGAUUGUCUCUCAGGUGGACCCCCACCCUGGUGUUUCAUUCCCUUACCAGGUGCUCCUGAGCGAAGUCGGAGAGACUUCGGAUGACGGAGAGUUAGGGGACAAGGAGGGGAAAAGGAAAGCUAAUGCUCAGACUGUGUGGGUUUCACGACAGAGCCUAAGACUGCUCACUCCUCCCUGGGAGGUCCCACAUUUGGAUGGUGGGAGGGCAAGAGAGAGAGAGCGGGAGAGAGAAAGGGAAGAGAGGGAGCGGAGGGAGGAGAUGGAGGUAGAAAGGGAAGUAUGCCAGUUGAGUAUUGGGAUGGGGGUACUGGGAGGGGGGGCAAGGUUGGGGCAUGGUUUUUCACAUCAAGGGGUUACAGCUGGACAUACCUAUGGAAAUUUACAUCCACCGACCCACUCCCCCACUGUGACUGCUGGUGCAGCAUCCAGCACAGUUCACGGCUGCAGAGAUAACUACUCUGACAUAGAGAGACAGAAGCAGCCAAACACCCCAGAGGAAGACGUAGAGGUGUCUCGUUUUAACAUGGGUCUGUCUAUAGGUCCCAAGUCAAAUACUGGAACCCCUCAGCACAGAAAUAUAAUUUCCAAAUCCAGUGGCUACCCCCCCUCCUCCCCUCACCUCUCUGUGGUUCGGGGCCUGGGACCCCCACACCUUUCUACCCUAGCUAGUCCCCAGCCACCCCCUUCCCCUGCCUUACUGGGGUCCGAAAUGAACAAUACCACUCCAAACCUACCUCCAUCCAAGACCACUCCCACCCAGACCUCUACUCCCACUUCUGGUGGGGGGUCUUCCUCUACCUCCUCUCGCUCCAGGACUCCCCUGUCAUUGGCUCAGCAGAAAUACAAGAAGGGUGAUGUGGUGUGCACCCCUAAUGGUAUUCGCAAGAAGUUCAAUGGCAAGCAGUGGAGGAGGCUGUGCUCCAGAGAGGGCUGUAUGAAGGAGUCACAGCGUCGAGGAUACUGCUCCAGACACUUGUCCAUGAGGACCAAAGAGAUGGAGGCAGCUGGGGGGGAGAGGGGAGGGGGCAGCAGCUCAGGGACCAUCACCCCCUCUGACCUGCGGGGCAGAGCUAGCAGUGAGUUUGAGUGGGAUGACACCUCAAGAGAGAGCAGUGAGACCAGUAGCAGAGGAGAUUCCAGACCCCGCUUGGUCCUCCCCUCCAUACUCCCCCAUGACCUGUCAUCACGCUUUGACUUCGAUGAGUGUGAGGCCGCCACCAUGCUUGUGUCAUUAGGGAGCUCCCGCUCUGGCACCCCGUCCUUUUCUCCCAUCUCCAACCAGUCCCCCUUCUCCCCUGCCCCCUCCCCCUCCCCCUCCCCGCUGUUCGGCUUCAGACCAGCAAACUUUUCCCCGAUUACUGCGUCCCCGGUUCUGCAACACCGGAGGCACAGGCAGCCCAGUGGUACGGGGGGUGGAGGGGGAGGGGGUAGUAAGGCAACAACCCCAGCUGGAGGAGGGGAAAGGGAGAGACACACUUCAGGUAUCCAGCCCUCGUUCCACAGCAAUCUGACGUUUACAGUCCCCAUGAGCCCCAGCAAACGAAAGCCAGACGCACCACCUCCACCACCCCUCCCUUCACACUGCCACGAUUACACACCCAAGACAGAGCUGGAGCAGGGGGACCUCAACAACUCUUUCAGGGUGCUGUCCCCACAGACACCAGUUUCACAUUCCCGCACGCAUACACCCACCUUCUCCCGGCCAAGAGGAGUGACCACCCCCUCCUCAAGCAGACCCCCGUCCUCCGCUGCUGUUUCCCCUCCUCCUCUGCUGGUAUCUCCAACUCCCCCUUCUCCUCUCACUCCCGAUGGAGGACAUCGUCGUGUGGUCCCUGUAUCCCAACAGGCCUUGCGGGACUCCCCUGUCAUUGUUAGGAAUCCCGAAGUCCCACUGGCAAAAUUUACAGAAUGUCCCUUGGGAAAAGGAGAAGGGGAAGGAGGUGAGAACGAAGGAGGGAUUGAAAACCCCUUAUCUAAAGACAUUGGUGUUACCCCCUUCACCCCUCAGCCAAUUUCUGGCCUCCAGGUUCCCGUCCCCAUUAAUGCUGCUGCAGCCGCAGUACCCAACGGCACCGUCCUUUUGCGAAGCCCAGCUCAAACUCUGGUGCUCGUGUCCCCGACACCUUCCUCCCUGCCCACCACUGACAUCCCUGCCACCCCCCUGCAAGCCCUCUCGGUUACUGUCAGCACAGCGUUAACAGCUUCCGCUCCAAGUAGCACGGACAGCUCUGGAGAACGAGAGAAGAACAGGGGGACAGGCUUUGGGGGUGAUGUUCAGCAGCCAGUUCCUUGUCACCCCUCUCCCACUGCACUGCUACCCCUGAUCCUGCCAGCAGAAAGUCUUCAUCCUGUCCCACGAAAGGACAUCAUCAUGGGACGUCCUGGCACAGUGUGGACCAAUGUAGAGCCCCGGUCUGUUCCAGUCUUCCCAUGGCAUUCAUUGGUCCCUUUCCUGGCACCCACCCAAUCAGAUGCUUCUUCUCAGCCAGGAGAGGGCCAGCACCCAGUCAACCACCCCCAAGCAGCCAGUCUGAAGACAGAGUGUCAGGUGGUGGCAGCGCUGCCACAUGAACCUGCAGAGGCACCUCCCACUAUAGAGAGAGGUCCCCCGUCCCGGCCUCCCCCCUCGUCUGAUGAGCCAGAGAAGGAGAAAGGAGAUGCAGAGAGGGAGAGGCCUGACAGUGAGACAGAGAGUGACGUAGAUGACCCCUUUCUCCCAGGAGUAGUACCAGAGCCGCCUCUCUCCACAUCACCAGUAAAGCGGCGUACUCAGUCCCUCAGUGCAUUGCCCAAAGAUGGAGACAAGAGCAGCCCUGGAAAGAGGGAGAAGGACCACAUCCGGCGACCAAUGAAUGCAUUUAUGAUUUUCAGUAAGCGCCAUCGAGCGUUAGUGCACCAGCGGCACCCAAACCAGGACAACAGGACAGUCAGCAAGAUUCUCGGGGAGUGGUGGUAUGCUCUGGGACCAAAGGAGAAACAAAAGUACCAUGAUUUGGCUUUUCAGGUUAAAGAGGCCCACUUUAAGGCUCACCCAGACUGGAAGUGGUGCAACAAAGACAGGAAAAAGUCCAGCUCCGAAGGGCGAGGGGUUCCAGGGGGCAAAGAUAUCAGAGAGAGAAGCAUGUCUGAGUCCACAGAGCCUCAUUCUGUGGAGCUGAAAGGGGUUGGCCCAGGUCUGGUGGGCGUGUCUGAGACGAGUACAGGAGAAGGUCAUGUGGGCCAGCUUACCCGUCCCCGAGCCUUCUCUCAAAGUGCCAUGCACAGCCUGGAGCGGAGUGACAGGGGUAACACACAGGCCCUGGCAGAACUGGCACAGAUGUGUGGGGAUGGCGGCAGUCAGUUUUCGAGCCAUGCACCACCCAUAUCACAGUCACAGCGGGGAGUCAGCGAGGACAUGACCAGUGAUGAGGAGCGUAUGGUCAUCUGUGAGGAGGAGGGAGACGAUGAUGUCAUUGAGGACCCUUAUCCGAGCAGUUCCAUCGACCUCAAGUGUAAGGAGCGGGUGACUGACAGCGACAGUGAGAACGGCUCUGGAGACGAACAUGAUAGGAAGAGAGUUUUUGCCCCAGUCAUCUGCUCCUCUGCAUCAUCAUCUUCCUCACAUCCUACACCUCAUGGCAGGAGUGUCUCACUGUCCUCUUACCCCACCAGCAAGCGUUAUGAUGAGGGAAGAUCAGGAGGAGGAGGGUUUUCAGACCACAGGAGGAAGGGAGGAGGAGAGGGAGAGAGUAAGGACACAUUUGGGGGUGAGGGAGGAGGAGGCAUGCAAGCCUCCUCUCUCUCCCUCUCUUCUGGCCAGUCAGUUAUCUCCACUUCUCUAGCUGGAGGGCCUCCUUUUUCAUCAAUGGGUUCACUGGGUGUGAACCCGCUCCUGGGCAUUGGUGCUGUGCGGGUGGCCUCAACGGUGGUGACCAAUGUAAUGCGUCCUGUAAUCAGCACGCCACUCCCUAUCGCCAGCAAACCCAGAGAUGGGGGCACAUCAUCCAGCCCUCACCCGCCAGAGAGGAAGUCCCUGACUCCCCAGCAGCAUCCACAUUUUCUGAUUGGUUCAGGAUCAGGAGGCGCAGCCGCAGCCACAGGGGGUGGGUACUACUCUUCAUCAUCACCUAAUCCUAUAGGUGCAGGAGUUGGCUCGGGUGGAGUAGUGACUAAUUUUGUGUUAGGAGGGGCUCUCUCUUCCCAACCUGCUUUACAGCUCAUCACCCCGUCCCACCAGCCCUCCCAGCAUCAGGCCUUUUCCUCCACCGCUGUUUCAGCACAACAUAGCCAAACCAAUGGGCCCCUGCCUCUGCCCCUGCUUCAGCCCCAGUUCCUUCCUGCCUCUUCCCUAGCACCGCCUGGGGGUAAAGGGAUCACACAAGUUCAAUACAUCCUGCCCACCCUACCUGCCAACACCAACCCCAAGAGUCCCCCUCAGCACCUCAGCCAGCCAACCAGUAUCUUCAACCUGCCCACAGCUCCUCCUACACACAUGUCCUUGGCCAAUGGAAAGCAGCAGGGUUCAAAUUCACUGACAGGAUAUAUGUCCAGUCCAACUGUCGGAGUGGUCAGCCCAGGAACCAGAGUGCACACACAGUCUCCGGUGCUCCAGGGUAAAAUGAUUGUUCCCAUGGCAACAGUACGGACUGCGCCAGUCCCUGCCCAGCAGUUUCCCCUUGUGGCUCCACCUCUUCCUGUCCAGAAUGGAGCUCAGACAGGAAGCAAGAUCAUCCAGAUCGCACCCAUGCCCAUGGUUCAGUCCCAGCUGCCUCAGGGCGGAGCUGUCCACUCCGCCAACCCCUACCCUCUAACAGUGGGCACAGCUGCUGUGGUGGCGCCAGUGUCAGCCCCCUCCCAGGCUGUGCUACUGCCGCCAGCACCUACCAGGAUCACUUAUGUCCAGUCCACUCCAGGGGUCCCAUCCACUCUGCCUCUGGUCUCCACGACAACAGGCUCUUCCCCCACCCAGCAAGCUCUGCCAGUGCCUGGAUCCGCAUAUGUUCCAUCUCCCCUAGCAACACUUGGGUUCACAGCCAUCGCACCACCUGGACAGACCCUGGUUCAGCCGCUGAUCGCAGGUCAGCCACCGCUGCUAGCCACAGCUCAGUCUCCACAGCCCUCCACCUUAGCCCCUGCUUCGGGCACCGGGGGCCAGAUAGUGGCUGCAAUUUACCCUCCUUCACCUAGUGUCACCAUGGCAACGGGGGUGGUCUCCAUGACAGCAGUACCCCCCAGUGUGGCCUACUCUGUCUCCAGUCCCUCCAGCGUUUCCCCCCACAUCCUGCCCAAACACACAGGCACCCCCGCCACAAUCAUGCACCCACAUCCAGACAGACAGGCGGACAGGCACCUGCCUCUGGACAGACCUGCAGAUCGACAAACUGACAGGCAGGCUGAGAGGCAGACAGAGCUGCUGACACAUUCAGACAGACAGUUGGAGAGGCAGAUGCAGACCUCCAGCAGUAGCACCUCCGUGGCACCUCCCAGUGGCUCAACUGUUUCCAUACGGCCUUGCAGCCCUCCACUCCAGAUCCAAACACCUGCCAGUACACCAGGUACACCUAAACUAACUCAGCUUCCAGUCAGAACCCCUCAGAAAGUGAAAGCAACAGUGGCAAACAUCCCCGUGGGCAGCUAUGAAGGAGGAGGUCGAGGAAAGGAGAGGGAGAGGGAGAAGGAUAGAGAAAGGGAGAGGGAGAGAGAAAGAGAGCGGGAAAAGGAGAGGGAGAGAGAAGCUGCAGCCAAUAGUCAUUUCUCCUUUGAUCCUGAGCCGCCGGGGCAGAUGGGCUCUCCAUCAACACACCCUGCUGAGGAGCCGCCAUCCUCUGACAGACCCCCGGAGGGCUCCAGUGCAGCAGACUCCUCUGACACACGGAGCAGGGAAAGCACAACCACCAAAGAGGCUGGAUGGAAGGAAUCCCUCCCCUCCUCUCCGCUCCCUCCUCCAUCUGCCACAGAACCCUCACUGCCACCCCCACAGACUGAUAAAGAUGGUCCUACACCCAAAAAGGUCAAAGCCCGUCCACCACCGCUGAAGAAGACUUUUGACUCUGUGGACAAGGUGCUGUCAGAGGUGUAUUUCGAGGAGCGCUUUGCAGAGCUGCCAGAGUUUCGGCCUGAGGAGGUCCUGCCUUCACCCACCCUGCAGAGUCUGGCUACCUCACCGCGUGCCAUUCUGGGCAGCUAUCGGCGUAAGAGAAAGAAUUCGACAGAUUUGGACUCCGCCACUGACGAACAAGUCUCUCCUAAGAGAAAGAGUCGGCGGCGCUCAAGCUGCAGCUCUGAGCCCAACACGCCUAAAAGUGCCGCCAAGUGUGAGGGAGACAUCUUCACCUUUGACAGACCAGGCACAGACGGAGAAGACCUCCUGGCAGAACUGGAGUUUGAAAAAGUGCCGUACUCCUCCCUGCGACGCACACUGGACCAGAGGAGAGCCCUGGUCAUGCAGCUGUUCCAGGAGCAGGGCUUCUUUCCAUCAGCUCAGGCCACUGCAGCCUUCCAGACGAGAUAUUCCGAUAUAUUUCCCACCAAGGUGUGUCUGCAGCUGAAGAUCAGGGAGGUCCGGCAGAAGAUCAUGCAGACGGCGACCCCCUCUGACUCCUCUGGUUUAGGCAUACCUGACUCAAUCUGCUCCCUGCCUGGACCCUCUGGCUCCCAGUCAGGAGAGGGAUCUGGGAGAGGAGGAGGAGGAGACCUGCAGGAUGAAGAAGUGGAGCACGGCACAGAAGCGAGCCCAGAGGACCCGCUUGAUUUGCAGGACUCUUCCAGAUGAGGAAUACUGACGAGUUAGAUUGACCAAUCAGUGGCUGCCGAAGUCACAUCUUUCCAACCCCAAACAUGCUUUCACGCUUUUUACUUGUUCUUUUUUUAGCCACACUCUCCACUGGUCAGGUCCUGGUUUCUUUCCAUCCUCAGCAGCCAACCUUUGAGAGUGACAUUUGUAUGCAAUGCUGGGACUUUUCUUUUUUUGUAAUGUGAUUCCCAUGUACCAAAAAAAAAAGGACACAUGAAAAACCAGUGGCACAAAACUACCACAUGACACCACCUCAACGCACAUACAUACACACACACCCUGGAAACUCUUAAUUCCCGACUUGAAUUAGCACUCUGUAUUUACCACCUUGGAGAAAGCUCCCAUUGAUGCCAGUGAACGAAGGACCAUUGUGUACAGCUUCAAUCGUUUGCCUUGAAGAAAGGGUUCUCGUUUUUGGAUGUGGAGACCAACUUAACCCCUUCUGAGAUGUUGAAAAGCCAGCAGGGGUUAAAAAAAAAAAAGACGUAAUUAACGGUUUAUGUUUUGAUAUUUGUUUUGUUUUAAAUCUGGUUAGAGGAGGGAAAGCAGUUAAUUUGCUGCUCAAGGAACAACCUGUAGACUUUUAACUGUUUAACGCUUGUAUCUUGUUUCUGCUGACAUUAGGGGGCUGGGCCCUCAACAGCCAGAAACAAUUUGAUUUGAUUUGACAGGGUUCCCAUUGCUACGGACCUGGAAAGAUCCUUUCCGCCUGUUAUUUUGCUCAGUUUUAUUGCUCACGUUAGACCUUCAGGAGAGGUCGACUAGGAGUGACUCAAAAAAAUGAACUAAAAACUUAAGUGGACUUCUGGCAGUGCCAUCAUUCCUGCAAUUACCUGUCUGGCCAAGUCCUCCCUUCUCACGACUGACCCUAGCACAUGCCAGUAGGUGGGAACCAAGCAUUCCUGUGCCUCUCAUUCACUAGCCAUGAAGGAAGGAGGUGGGUCAGAGUCUAUGGGCACAUCCUGGCUCUUUGUUGUAGAGGUCAGGCUGAUAAGACCUUAAUCCUCUAUUGCCAAGCAGUUUUAUUAACUUUUUUUAAACAAUAUUUUGAUUUGAAUUUAACAUUGUCAUAUUCAGUUUGUUGUUGUACUAGUCCUAUGGCUAUUAUUACUCCUCAUAUCAUUGCAGUGAUUGGUCCGCAGUUCUAUUCUCAUUGCUGGCAGAUGUUUCCUUUAUUUCAACAUUUACUCGUGUUUUUAAAAAAUAUAUAUAUAUAUAAAAUUUUGGAGGCAGGUGACACAUGCUGCUUCACACCUGUACAGUUCCUCCAUUGUAGUCUUCCCUCGACUGGCCUCUCACCUCAGCAAGGACCUGCGGUGCAGUUAUUUUUAUUGUUCAUUUCAAAGAGGAAGACAAACGAAACGUGGACCUUUAUAUUCUUUUAACAGUAAUAACGGUAUGUUUUUAGACAACCCUGUAUGCCUCUCUGUCCCUCGCUAAGUUUGAUUCUAUAGCCUCAACACUUGUACAUCUCCUUUCUCCACCUCUUUCCUUCCCUCCUUCCUCCCUUUGUCACUUUAUUGCUCUCUCCAGACCUCCUUUUUAGAUGGGCGGAGAGAAAACUGGGGGAAGUGAGGGGAGGGUAAUGAAUCAAAGAGAGCUGGUAGGAUAUAAUACUGGUUGUGUCUUUGUGCAAGACUUGGUUUUGUUGUAAAUAAUUACUGUAGAGUCAGUAGACUCAUUAUAUUAUUGAUAAGGAAAAAUGUCAUUGAACAUAAGUUGACUUUUAAGAUGCCCAUUACUGAAGAUAAAACAUAAAAUGGAAAAAACAAUAAUAAAUAUGGCUAUUAAUGUUUUUGUGUUAUACUUCUUGUUUUGCUGUUCCAGUAUGCAAAAGAGGAAUUUAUAUGAAUAAUUUAAGUUUGUAUCUGUAUCUUUCAGUAUACAAAUAAAACAUAGGUGUUCAAUUAAAGUGAUUUUAUUGCUG